AUUUUUUUUUAUUAUGAACAAGUUUGAAAUUUUGACAUUUAUAAAUCACAAUGGAUGAAUCUGUACAGUUCGAAGAUAAAAUAAUCGAAAUUAAUGAACAUAGAAUUAAAUUACAAUUCAUUCGUAUCUAUCAAACAUUCAUGGUAUGGAUUGGUGAUCCAUCAUGUCCUAAACUUGAAAGCUUAGCAUUGGCUUUAGGUGUUAAUUCAACAUCGAUCAUUGCCAAUCGGCAACAAUUGGAUUCGGUUGCCGAUCAAGAAAUGGCUAAUAAAUUAAGCCGUCGAUUCAAUGAUAAUCGUCCAGUAUAUGUUGCUUACAAUUACUUACCGGCAAUGGCAAAUACUGAAUUGAAAUUGAAAAUCGAUCAACAAUUAAUUGAAUUUAUCCAAUCCAUUCACCAUAAAUCUUGAUUUUUUUUAUUGUAAAUAAAUUUGAUUAAUUCUUGUUGAAUGAAAUCGCUAUCGAAUAAAAUCAGUUUUGUAUUAAAAUUUUAA